AUUUUUUAGUGUAUAUAAAGGUGAUUAUGAACCGUUUAACUACUUCAUAGUUUCAAGCCGUGGAAGUUGACUAUUUUCAAACAGUUUAUCAAAGUCAAAACUCUUUAAACAAUCUAAAAAAAUGGCUUCUGAGAAAAUUAUUCAGUUUCCCGAUGAUUUUUUGAUUGGAACCGGAACUGCCGCAUAUCAAACUGAAGGUGCAUGGGACACAGAUAAUAAGGCUCCUAGUAUCUGGGAUGAAUAUUUUCAUGUUAAAAAAAUCGUAGUCUCCAAUCCAGAAGUUGUUAAGUUGAUGCCUCGGAAGAAAUGCUCUAAUUUCCACAAGGGAUCAGAUGUCCUUGCGGAGGAUCCAUCUCGCGGUUUCUCAAUUGUCAAUGGAGAUAUCGCUUGUGAUUCUUAUAAUAAACUCGAUGAAGAUAUUAAUAACUUGGUUGAACUUGGAGUUAAUAUAUACCGGUUUUCUAUAAGCUGGCCAAGAGUUUUGCCGAAUGUCGAUGACCGAAAUGUUAAUCAAGCUGGAGUGAAAUAUUACCAAACGUUAAUUGAAAAGCUUAUUGAUAACAAUAUUACACCACUGGUAACAAUUUAUCACUGGGAUCUACCGAACAUUCUUCAAAACCUUGGUGGAUGGUCGAAUCCAAACAUUAUUGAAUAUUUUGUGAACUACUCAGAUUUUCUUUUCAGAACAUUUGGCUCACAGGUCAAACUAUGGAGUACAAUUAAUGAACCCAGAUUCGUAGCUUUGGCUUAUGGUAAUGAGGGCAUAGCGCCCAGUGUCGGUGAAUCGUUCAACGGUAUCGCCGACUACAUGGCCAUUCGCAAUGUGUUGCUCGCCCACGCAGCAGUUUACAAGUUGUACAAGAAUAAGUACUUCACUGAACAACAGGGUGAGAUCAGUUUGUGUUUAGACACAACGGCAUAUUUUCCACUAAAUCCGGAUCUAGAAGAAGACCGCGAAGCUGUUUCGAAAUCAUACGAUUUUUCGCUUGGAGUAUUCACUCAACCGUUAAAAAACGGCACAUUUCCCCAAUCGUUGUUAGACGCUGUCGCUAAAUCAGACGAACAUAUAAAAAUAUCUAUAAAACGUAUCGUUGAAUUUAGCGAGGAAGAAAAAAAAGAUCUCAUAGGAUCAUAUGAUUUUAUUGCUUUCAACUAUUAUGAUUCAUUCAAGGUAAGACCAAUGACCCAAACUGAGUACGAAGAAGAGACAUAUUUACUGAAUAAAGAUUUGGGGGUAGUAUCUACCUCGAAUUCAAGCAACAUGGAAGAUACCUUUAAAGGAUUUACUCAGGUAAUAGAUUGGUUCGUGGAAAAGUUAGACAAUCCGAAACUAUUUGUUGCUGAAAAUGGUAUUUUCGAGAAACAAAAUGUAGAUGAAAGUGAAAAAAAAAUCGAAUACCAUCGUGGAAUUUUGACGGAACUUGACAAAGCCUUAAAGAAAGGUGUUGUUAUUAAAGGGUAUUGUAUCUGGUCGUUUAUGGAUUCGUUGGAAUGGACAAGUGGAUAUUUUUCCAAAUUAUUUGGUAUAUAUUCAGUGGACUUUAACGACCCGGAAAGACCCCGUUCCAAGAAACCAUCAUUUGAAUUCUUCCAAACACUUUUCACAACAAAAUCAUUGACACCUAUCGAAUCUGAUGAAUAAUAUCACUAUGGAAAAAUGGUUUAUUUUAAGGGGCUUAAAUAAUUGUCAACAAUCUUUCAUAUAUUUACUUGAUUUUAGUUUUAGAUUAUCUAUGUAGUAUGACAAAUAAUAAUAUAAUAUACAGAUAAAAAAACAUAA